AUGAGCAAGGCCUCUACUCCGCCUAGCCAGCAGCCCAACCAAGCUCCCUCGCCCAACACGUCCGCCUGGUCCCGCGGUCCUCCCGCCGCGGCGUCCAACACAUCUUCCAACGUGCCUUCUGCUGUCUCCACCCCUCCUCCGCCGCCCAACGGAGCGAGCGUCAAUGAGCCGGCCGGCUCUACCCCAGUCGCCAUCGGUGGCGCUGCUGGGUCCAGGAAGGGCAGCCUGAUGGUUGGCGGCAACGGCGACAUUGUGCCCACGAGCAACCUUGCUUUCGGCACUGUCAAUUCGGCCAACCCCCUCCUCUCGUCGUCGCCCGCGGCUCCUUCGACCACUGGCGGCCACCUCGCCGAUGCGGUGAAGUCGUUUGGAUCCAUCGAUGCCGAGACUACCGCCACUGGCGCGUCCAUCAUCCGUCCUCCUCGCCGCACCAGCGGCGGUGCGAACCCCACCACCCCUUCUGGUGUUCCUCAGAAGAAGCUUGAUGUCCACUCGCUCUUCGGUGGCAAGCCCCCUUCCGCCAGCCCUACUCCGGGUGCCCCCAUGUCGCCCUCGCAGGCCCCCCAGGUUGGCUCUCCUGUUCACGACCGCCGCCAGUCUCUCCCCCAGGCCUAUCCCGGCGCCAACGGUCUUCCCAACUCGGCCCCCCACCCGUACCAGCAGAUGGCGCAGCCCCAUCUCCGUCCGCCUCAGGGUGCCCAAGGCCAGCCCCGUUCGCCCGUCAUGGGUGUGGCUCAGCCCCAGUUCGGCGGACAGGUUCCCCCGCAGCAGCAGGGCUUCCGUGUGCCCCAGCCUCAGAUGCAAGGCAACCAGCCCGCUGUCCGUCCUGGCAGCAGCGGUCCCAUGGGUGUUCCCCGUCCUAUGAUGGGUGCCCAGCCGUACAUGCCUCACGGUCAGGCCCCAGGCUACCAGAUGAUGUACCCUCCCCAGGGUGCCUACUACUACAACCCCUACGACCAGCAGCAGUACAUGCAGCAGCAGGGUUGGGCACCUCCUCAGCAGCACGCUCCUAACAUGCCCAUGUCACCUCGCUCUGCUCAGGCUCAGCUUGGCAACCAGGCGUCGCCCGCUCCCCCCAACGCUCCUCUGCCCACUAGCGCUGGUGGCAGCCCCAUGCCCACUCCCCCUAGCCGCCCUCAGAGCCUCGUUGGUGGCCACCAGUCGACUCCUUCCAACUCGUCGCCUAUGCCUACCACUCCCUCGCGUCCUCUCCAGGCUGCCGGCACUCCCUUCACCCCCCAGCAGAUGGGUACCCCCACAUCGCAGGUCGGCACCCCCAGCCUUUCGGCUGGCGCCGUCGCUUUCACCCCUCGCGCCAAGGCGACCAUCAAGAUCUCGCGUCCCGAUGGCACUUCGCUGAACCUCGCCGAGGCGGCUGCUGCUGCCAAGGGCCCCUCCACCUCGUCGAGCGGUGUUGUGACCCCCGACCUGGCGGCUGCCGCUGAGGAGGUUCCCAAGAAGAAGAUGCCUACCCUCCCCGUGAUCGUUCGUCUCGAGUCCGAGGAGCAGAAGAAGGCUCGUCUCGCUGAGGAGGAGAAGCUCCGCAAGAUUAAGGAGCAGGAGGCCAAGGAGGAGGAGGAGCGCAAGGCUCGCGUCGAGCGUCGUGUCAAGGAGGAGGAGGAGCGCAAGGCCAAGGAGGAGGAGGAGACUAAGGCCAAGGAGGUCGCUGAGACCCAGGCCAAGGAGGAGGCCGAGGUCAAGGCAAAGGAGGCAGCUGAGGUCAAGGCAAAGGAGGAGGCCGAGGCCAAGAAGGCUGAGGAGACUCCCGUUGCUGUUGAGGCCCCCAAGGCUGUCGACACUCCCGAGGCUGCCGAGGAGGAGAAGAGCGCCGAGACCCCAGUUGCCGACAAGGCCGAGGAGGCUCGCCGUGCCCUCCUUACACCGACUACCCAGUCGGCUGUUGCCUCGCCCCUUGCUUCGCCUGCUCUCGCCGCUGCGGGUCUUCCGGCUAAGCCCGUCGCUGCUGCUCUUAACGGCGGCGCCGCUCGUCGCCCCACCAUGGAGUCCAAGAGCCCCUCGCAGGCGUCGCCCGCCGCUUCAACGGCUCCCUCGGCGCUCACCACCGCCAAGCCCAUUGAGGACCUUACUUCUGUCGCAUACCCCGAGUCGGUCAAGCCUCAGCGCACUGAGCUCAACGUCAACGGCGAGCCCGGCAAGUUCCGUUACGACCGGGACUUCCUUCUCCAGUUCAUGGAGGUCUGCAAGGACAAGCCUGACACUCUUCCUCCUCUUGAGGAGAUCGGUCUCGAGGCCGAGUCAUCGUCUAGCGGCUUUGGCGGCCGCCGGGGUAACCGUUCAUCGGCACCGGGCAGCAGCCGCAGCGGCAUGGGUAUGGGUGGCAUCAUGGGUACUGGUCGUUCGUUCACAGGCCCUGGUGCUCCCGGUGGCAUGGGCUCGUUCAACUUCUCGACCAGUUCGAUGCGCGGCACCACCAGCGAGGACCGUUACAGGUCGUCCCUCGCUGGCGGCGGUGCCCGUGGCUCUGCUCCUGGUAUGGCUCGUACCGGCAGCUCUGGCUUUGGCAUGGACCGCCGUAGCAACCGUGGCACCAACAGCCAGCGUGGCAAGCCACGCAUGCCCGUGCAGCCCGACCCGGAUGUCGCCCCUCUUGCUGUCUCUGCCAACGCCUGGGUCAACGCCCGUUCAGCUCCCAACGAUGACAAGUCGCCCGUCUAUAUUGAGCGCAAGGUCAAGGCCCUGCUCAACAAGCUUACGGAGGAGAAGUUCGAUUCAAUUGCGGCUCAGAUUCUCGAGUGGGCCAACAAGUCGCGAGAGGAGACCGACGGUAUGACCCUCAAGCUUGUCAUCAAGCUCGUCUUUGAGAAGUCGACCGACGAGGCGCACUGGUCUGCCAUGUACGCCAAGCUGUGUCGCCUGCUGCUCGACCGCCUGGACCCCGCAGUUUCCGAGGUUAUCGACGGCAAGGUCGUCGCCGGUGGCAGCCUGUUCCGCAAGUACCUUCUCGGUCGUUGCCAGGCCGACUUCGAGGCCGGCUGGAAGGCUCGUGAGGAGGCUGCCGCUAGCGCAGCCGCCAAGAGCGAGCAGGACAAGGAGCGUCUCGCCGAGAUUGAGGCUGGCAAGGACAAGGACAACGGUGGCGAGGUUCUCAUGAUGAGCGACGAGUACUACAUUGCUCAGAAGGCCAAGCGCCGUGGUCUUGGUCUUGUUCAGCUGAUCGGUGAGCUGUACAAGCUCGAGAUGCUGUCAAAAAGCGUCAUCCGCGAGUGCCUUGUCCGUCUCCUCGGCAACGUCGAGAACCCCGACGAGGAGGACCUCGAGUCGACCUGCAAGCUUCUCACCACCGUCGGCAAGCAGUUCGAGGAAACCUCGGCCCGCCCCAUGGAUGUCGUGUUCGAGCGUCUCUUGGCUCUCACCAAGAACGACCUCGUUUCGUCUCGUAUCCGUUUCAUGAUCAUGGACGUUGUCGACCUCCGCAGGAACAAGUGGAACUCGAGGAAGGAGGUUGUUCCCACCACCAUUGCCCAGAUCCACCAGCAGGCCGCUCGCGAGAACGCCGAGAAGGCCCAGGCUGCCAGGGAAUCCCUCUCGCGUGGUGGCUCGCGUGCCGGUCACUCUCGUCGCGAGGGCGCCGCCCAGCCUGGAGAGUGGCAGUCUGUUGCUGCUGGCCCCCGUCCCCCCCAGCGUCCCACCGACUUCUCCAACAUUGGUCGCGGUGUCAGCUCGGCCGGUCUUCCCAGCGCACCCACCUUUGGCCCCUCGGGUGUCUUUGCCCGCGGCAAGAAGGGUGCUGCCGGCGCUACCCCUCCCAUUUCGCGUCACUCGUCGACCACCAACAUGUCCAACAUGUUCGGUGCCCUUGUCGACGCCGAGUCUGGUGCCGCCGAGUCGGCCGACGCUCCCCAGAGGAAGAAGCUCCAGCUUGCUCCCCGUACCAAGCCCAUCCCUACCGACGAUGACGAGGAGGGCUCGGACGCCGAAGGUGACGAGGACGAGGAUGAGGACGAUGACGAUGGUGAGGCUGAGGCUGAGGCUGCUCCUGCCGCGAUGACCGCGGAGGCUGCCAAGGCCAAGAUCGACAUGGACGUCAAGGAGCUCUGGGGUGAGAAGGACGCCGGUGGUUCGAGGAAUCCCGACGACAUUGUCGAGUACUACCGCUCGCUCCCCGCUGAGCACCGCGGCCUGUUGUCGGAGAAGCUCGGCGAGGACGUGUUCCGUAUCGCCAAGUACCGCGACGCCGAGGUUGUGGCCAAGGGUUGGAAGAAGGCUGUUUCCGAGGACGUGGCGUCGGUCGACGACCUCAAGGCUGGUCUCGCGGCCCGUAUGCCUACCCUGGACGACGACGCCAUCGACUUCCCCCAGGCCUACAAGGCGAUUGCUGCCCUCAUCCGCAGUAUGUCGCUUGCCCAGGAGGACAUUGAUGCCCUUCUCGAGAAGGUCGACGUCUACGGCGAGCCUCGCAUCACCCCCAAGAUGAAGCUCGAGAAGGCUCUCGGCCAGGUCGACGAGGAGGCUGCUGCCUCUGCCUAA